GACUGUAGAAGAAGACCAACCGACACAAUCUCAGCCCGGUGACCGACUGCCUGCCUCUGCAUCACCGCCACGGAUCGAGCCAGGACCCGACCCACAGAACCGGAGGAAAAAUGGCGUUCACAUUCGCGGCCUUCUGUUACAUGCUGGCUCUGCUGCUCACAGCGGCUCUUAUCUUCUUCGCUAUCUGGCAUCUGGUUCUCCCAGAGUAUCUCAUCCAUUUCUUCUUCUGCGUGAUGUUCUUCUGCGCGGCCGAGUGGCUCACGCUCUCUCUCAACCUGCCGCUGUUCGCCUAUCAUGUCUGGAGGUAUAUGAGCAGACCGGUGAUGAGCAGUCCGGGGCUCUACGACCCGACCACCAUCAUGAACGCUGACAUCCUGGCCUUCUGUCAAAAAGAAGGCUGGUGCAAACUGGCUUUCUACCUGCUGUCCUUCUUCUACUAUCUCUACGGGUACAGAAACUCUUUUAACUUCGUUGUAAAGUGAUUUUUUUUAAAUAAG